GUUUCUCUUUUUCUUUGUGUUUUUCUUCUCACAGACUAGUCUAGUCAUCCUUGGACGUUAUACAGACGAAAUAACCCACAGCCACUCCUACAAUAACCCCUUCUUCCCUCUCUCCCUCUUCAGAACAAGGAGAUAAACAAGGAAGUGUAAGGUGUAGAAACAUGGUUGGAAAGUUGAAGCUUGCGUUAUUUAUGUUAGUCUCUCUUCUUCUCACAUCCUCAGUACAGUCACAGACAUGCAUGAACCACACCUUCACAGACAACAAGGUCUUCACCUCAUGCCGCGAUCUUCCCCACUUAACCUCGUACCUUCACUGGACCUACGACCAGGCCACAGCCAAGUUGGACAUGGCAUUCAGACACGCCGGAAUCAACGCUUCGGAUAGGUGGGUUGCAUGGGCCAUCAAUCCCAACAACAACCUCGAUUCGGCUAUGGUUGGAGCACAGGCUCUGGUGGCUAUCUCAGAAUCCGGUGGUGCCCCAAGAGCAUACACUUGUUCCGUCCAAGGUUACUCAACCCAGUUGGCAGAGGGAAACAUCUCUUAUCCUCACUCUGGCCUCACGGCUACCCGUCAGAACAGUGAGAUCACCAUCUAUGCCACCCUCACUCUUCCAAACGGCACCACCAAUUUGGUCCACCUUUGGCAAGAUGGUCCUCUUUCUGCUUCUAUUCCUUCACAGCAUCAACUUGCAACUUCUAACCUCCAAGCCAAGGAAAUCUUGGAUCUUCUCUAGUUCAAUGCAGCCAAGAUCAAGUGGGAAGUAUAUAUUCACUUAGAACAAAGAAUAAAUUAAUGCAAAUAAACAGACACCCAUACAUUUUGUUCCUUUCCUUCUGCAGAAUAAUAACGAUGAUACAUCCCUCGUGCAGCCAGAAUCUAUAACCCAUGAGGAAGUGGACGUUUUUCAUUUUUCUUUUGUAUGAUUCAAUAUAUAGUUACAUUUAUAAGACUAUA